ACACCUAUUUUGAUUUUUGCAAAAUGAUUAACAAUCAGCAACGAAUCAUUUUGAAUACUGGUGAUACCAAUAUUCAUCAUCAACCCGUGUCUUCGAAGCCAUCAAUAGUAUCUGUGUCAAGCAUAGAUUCAGAUGUUAGUGAUCGACGUGAUAUUAGGGAAGCUUUGUACACGGGGAUCUUCAAGAGGCACAGGAAAACUAUUUUAGUACUUGGGAGCUUCCUUAAGAUGCUCAGGAAACACUCGGACAGAUUGCAUGCUAUGAAUCUAGUAUUUGUUCCGAUUGUCAUGAAAGUACACACGAACGUAGAACACAAGUAUUGGUGAAUCGUACAUUUUUUUAAAACAAAUUUAGUUAACAACAAUUCAUUUUUGUAACAAAU